AGUGACUGUUGCUGGUGUCUAUCUUAUGUUUCGUUUUAGAAUGUGAGCCCUUUGGGGACAGGGAGCCAUCUUAUUUAUUUGUUAUUUCUCUGUGUAAACCGCCCUGAGCCAUUUUUGGAAGGGCGGUAUAGAAAUUGAAAUAAUAAUAAUAAUAAUAAUAAUAAUAAUAAUAAUAAUAAUAAUAGUGCAGAUUUUGGUAUUAAGCCUAAGGAUUUCUGUUUUGGGGUUUUAUGAACAGAUUUCUAGCUCUUGUCACAGAAUCUCUUCAUUCAUCCAAAUAAUCGGUACAGUGUACCUAAAUAUACAGGAAAUGACAGUGUGUUGUCUAGCUAUGCCCCUGCUGUUGAUGUGCUCUGUGUCCAUGCCCCCACCCCCGCUGUCUCUGUUUCAUUGCUUGCCUCUGCAAACAAAUGCUGAACCCAAAGAGAGCAGUGGGGGUUGGCGGCCGGCCAUGGAGCAUGACUAGCUGACUCCCAUUUCCCCUAUACCUAGCUACACCAUGCCCACUUUUGGAAUGACUGAAGAAAGCAACCAAGAGCCUUAGCAGUACCUGAUGAAAUCUCAGAAGUGAGAAUGGUUGGAGAUAGCCAGGGGACUGGGCUUCAGAGCCCAGCUGUCAUUUUCCCCUCACUUGUUUUGACCAGUGGAGCCAAAAACAUUUAUAUAGAUGGAACAAUUGAAAUGUAUUAGAAUUAACUAGGGUAAUUGCACAGGCAGAAGAAUCCAGCUUUUGGGAAGGGGCAGAAUUCAGAAUUGGGAAUAUUGGGGUAAGCAUUGACAAAUAAUACGAUUUUACACUUAAAAUGUCAGCAAUGCACUACUAGUUGCUGACUUAGAAGGCUCAGACGGUGUCUUUCCGUUCUCAGUUGAGCAACUAAGCAGAUAGCAGAAGCAUAGAAAGUAUUCAGGGGGGAAACAAAUCUUUUUCCUCAGCAUUCCCUGCAAUCAGCAUGGAAAGCCAGCCAUGCAGACCUCACAUCCUGCUGGUCACAUACCAGUCUCUGUCAGUCUUGCGGACCAUCAAAAACCAGUAUAGACUAUAUAACUCCAUAUGGACUUGAAACAGCACUUCUAGACCCUGAAGUUAGAAUCAUCUGGCAGCUCCACUGUAUGUGUACCAAAUAUUCUUAACUGAUUCAGAGAAAGGAGUUAAAUACAUGACCUAACCAAGAUUCUUUAUAAUCAACAAUGCAUUUUAAAUGAUAAACAAUGCUUGUUUUUCUUGAAAAAGAAAAAUCCCAGAAAGCUUGUAUUGUAUUACAUGUUACAGAAUGCAUUGAAUGCUUGGCUUACAGCUGAACAUUUUUCCUAAUGAUACUUUUAUCUGGCUAUUGCAAGCAGCCAGCGCUUCCCAUUUUUGUAGUCCACAUCCAGUAGUAGCAUCUAUUGUAUUGGGAUUAAACAACCACGUGACCUGCUUGACAAUCAGCCGUAAUUAUCCCACCCCGCUAGCCUUCUAUUCACAGUGAAUCAGGAUGCAGACACAUGUGACAAAGAAGAGGCUCGGCUGAGUCCUUAAUCACUUUCCACACUGGCAAGAGAAAAGUCAAGGCUGCACUGUAAAAAAACCCAAACUGGCUCGUUAUUAAUGGUCUGGUUUGAAGAAACAGUCCAGUAAUUUAAUAUGCAGAAAGUAAUCUGUGUGUCUGCUGAACUGUAACGCCUUGGGUGAAUAAUUUUAAAUGUGGGUGUAUUUGGUUGUUACACUUUUCUCAGAUAUGUUUUCUGGACAAUCACCCUCAAGGCCCUCAGAAGUGGCAAAAGAGAAAACAAAGAAGACAAAGACAAAACAAAAGCUCAAGACUGAAACUUUGUUGAACUUUUGAACUGAAUGUUUGGGAAGUAUUUUUUCCCCUAAACCAGAUGAUUUUGGAUUAUAUAUGUAUCUCUACUUUCUAGGACUUGAAUUAUAUACUAGUGUAAAGAGCUUCAUUAAAGUUCCAGUACUACUGCUUCAUUGCUGGGAAUAAUAUAUGGGGGAAAUGGACUGUUUGGCCUUUUACUCUGAAAAGCAGUGCUUUUCAGAAUUAUUUGACUCUACUGAAGAAGAGGAGAUGGAAGAGGAAAAAAUGGUGAGAUAUGCAGAAGAUUUAGAGAUUAAUCCUUUUGACAGACUGCCAUACUCUUCCCGUUACUACAAACUGCUCAAAGAAAGAGAGAAACUUCCUAUCUGGCAAGUGAAAUAUGCUUUCAUGGAAAGUCUGCAUCAUCAUCAGGUUGUGAUUAUUUCAGGGGAUGCCAAAACUGGCAAGAGUUCGCAGGUGCCUCAGUGGUGUGCUGAAUUUUUGCUUCCUGACCAUUUUCAACAUGGAGCAAUUGUAUGCACGCAAACACACACACAAACAGCAGUAUGGUUGGCAUUACAAGUAGCUGAUGAGAUGGACGUCAAUAUUGGUCAUGAAGUGGGUUAUAUGGUCGCAUGCGAGAACUGUUGCAGCAGUGAAACUAUCCUGAGAUAUAGUACAGAUGACAUGCUACAGAGAGAAAUGAUGUCCAACCCCCUUCUGACCAAUUACGGAAUCAUCAUUUUAGAUGACGUACAUGAAAGAACUGUCCCAACAGAUGUAUUACUUGGACUUCUUAAAGAUGUGUUGAUAUUAAGACCAGAGCUGAAGCUAAUUAUAAUGGCAUCUCCUCAAACAUCUAGCAAACUUCAGGCAGAUUAUGACUGUGUCUCUCUCAUAAAGGUGGAAAGCAAAUACCAGACUGAAGUUGUGUAUACAUGUGGCAUUCAGGAAGAUCAUUUCCUAUCUGCAUUAAAGCUGCUUUUUGAGAUUCAUAAUUCCAAAGAGAGAGGUGACAUUGUGGUCUUUCUAGCCUGUGAACAAGAAAUUAGAAAAGCCUACCAGAUUAUUCAACAAGAGGGACCUAAUUUAAAUCCUGAUCUUGGUGAAUUGGUCCCUAUUCCUCUCUAUCCCAGUGGAAGAGAGAAAAUCCUCAUGCCAAAUAAAGAAAAGCCUUGCCAAAGUUACAGAAGGAAGGUGCUGCUAACCACAAGCUUUGGGGAAUCUUUGGUUUGGAUUAAAACUGUGGCCUUUCUUAUAGAUACAGGGAUAGAGAGAAGAAAGGUAUACAAUCCUCGAAUCAGAGCAGACAUGGCUGUGAUACAGCCCAUUAGCAAAAGCCAAGCUGAGAUGCGUAAGCAAAUUCUGGGCAUAUCUUCAUCAGGCAAGUGUUUUUGUCUCUACCCUGAAGAAUUCUCACACAAGGAAAUGAAGCCCUUUCCACCAGUCAGAAUUCAGGAAUCCAGCCUGACCAGCUUGGUUCUUUUUCUAAAAAGGAUGGAUAUAGCAGGCCUAGGCCACUGUGACUUCAUUGAUAGGCCAGCUCCUGAAAGUCUCAUGCAGGCUUUGGAAGAACUGGAUUACUUGGCUGCUCUCGACAAUGAUGGAAAUCUUUCAGAAUUUGGAAUAAUAAUGUCAGAGUUUCCUGUGGAUCCACAGCUGUCAAAGGCUAUUUUAGCUUCCUGUGAAUUUGACUGUGUAGAGGAAAUGCUUACCAUUGCUGCCAUGGUAACAGCUCCUGGUUGUUUUUUAAAUCCGCCGCAGGGAACAGAGGAGAUUGCAAUCGCUUGCUGGCAAAAAUUCCUACAUCCUGCAGGAGAUCAUUUUACCCUUAUCAAUGUGUACAAGGCUUACAAGGAAGCUUGUACAAACUCCACAAGCCAUUACUAUGAUAUUGAAAAGUGGUGUCAAGAUUAUUUUCUAAACUGCUCUGCAUUAAAAAUGGCGGAAGCCAUUAGAGCUGAAUUGGAUGACAUUAUGAGACGAAUUGAACUUCCCAUUUCAGCACCUGCUUUUGGAUUGAAAGAAAAUGUAUUGAGGAUAAAGAAAGCUCUCUUAUCUGGUUACUUUAUGCAAAUUGCUCGUGAUGUGGAUGGCUCUGGAAACUACUUAAUGUUGACACAUAGGCAAGUAGCUCAACUUCACCCCUUGUCAAUAUAUUACAAUACCAGGAGGAUCCCCGAGUGGGUUGUAUUCCAUGAAUUUCGGAUAGCUGAAAACAACUCAAUAAAAAUCACCUCAGCAAUAUCACCUGAUCUAUUUGUGGAGCUGGCACCUCAAUACUAUUUUAGUAAUCUACCUGCUAGUGAGAGCAAGGCUAUUCUGCAGGAAGUAAUCAGCCAUUUAUCACCCAUUUCAGCAACAAACAAGGAACAAAAACCACAUGGUGAAGACAGAGAAUAUGAAAAAUGCCCUCAAACAACUGCUGAGCAACGUUGCAUUAUUCAAUGAGUUUCCUAGACAAAACUAUAUUGAAGUAUACAUAACUUUGUACAUCAGCCUUUAUAAUAUGAUAUGAAAAAUCACAGCUUUUUAUUAAUAAUUUUAAAUUUGAAACUUUUAAAUUUUUUAAUGUGGUUUCAGCCUGGUCUUUUAACUGGUUUAACUUUAUUAAUAUUUUAUUUUACAUCGUAUCUAUUUUAUUAAUGUUGUGAGGUGCUCUGAGCAGUAGUGUACUAGAUGGGCAGGGUAUAACUAUUUUAAAUAAUAAAUAAAUAAAAUGUGCAGGUAUUUACAGCCAAACAGUCACAAGA